UAUUAUUAUGACUGUACGAGAUUCAUUUCGGAAAGACAUAGCCGGUAUUCAUGCAAUGAUCGUGGUAUUCGCCUACAGGCUGUGGCACUCUGCAAAUUCCUCCCUCAGUAUUUUAGUGACCUGGAUGUAGGCUGAAGAAGUACUGCAUGCUGCAAGAGCCGGCCGCUGAUGUCCGCACUGACCCACUUGUGUACUGUCUGCUUGUAUCCCUGGCCACUACAGAGCACAGCUUAGGGCAUUGUCGACGGGAACCACAGAGCUCUCCAACAUGCUGUGUAACCAGACGGUACGACACUGCGCUCGAUCCAGUGUGCGUUCACUGUUGCCAACCGGACGAGAGCAGGGUCAAGAACGAUUCUCCGCAAGCCUAGUUGGCGCCAGCUUGUCUCACAGAUCAUUUCAUUAUGCAGCACAACAGGACAUUGCAACCGUUUGUUCUUCUCUGAUGCCUUUGCCGGCAAGGCUCUCCUGUCGAGACACCCAACACUCACAGAGCAUGCAACUUGCACAACUUCGCCCUUAUUCGACCCCAGCUGUCUCUACGUCCGACGUCUCAGCAUUGCUGCCUCACACGAAGAGCAAUCCUGGCGUCUCAUCAGCACUAUCUCAUACAAGAAGAAGCCUCUGCUUCUGCUCUCCACGCCACAGUCCGACACCACAAAGGAAUUCCACUCCCAGCAUAGGAGACGCGCAUGAAUACCGAUACACACCAGCAGCGAACAAGGCUUUUUACAAAGCAGUUGCCAAGCUCUAUUCUUCUCUGCAAGUGUAUGAUAUGUGUACACCUGAAAACAUCCUGGCAAGGACGGACGAUAUCUUCAAGGUUCUACCAACUAAGAAGAACCUAAACGCCUUCCAGAUCCUUGUUCGGGCGUGUAUAUCUACUGGGCCCGGUAUGCCCAUGCCAAUACUGGAAGUUUUCAAUAGAGUGUUGGCUAUGCUGGAAGAGAGACUAAAGGCUGGUACUGACGAUGACAGUGCCCAGACGCAGCUGAUUUGGAUUCUGCACUGGUGUGCCAAUGGUCAGUGCGUGACGCCCACACUUGAAAGGAUUGUGCACGAUCAUGUGGAUGUUGGUUCCUAUGACGCAGCCAUGAAGGUCUGCUCACUUGCCUUCAGUUUGACCAUGCUGAAUGUGCCCAGGCAUGAUAUGGCCACCCAGCUUGUCGAGCAUCCACUGGUGGCUAAGCCAUCUCUAUUCACACCUCUGUAUCACCAGGAGUUGCUCAAUGUCAUUCAGUACAAUGUGCUGAGUGGUGGCGAUAGCAACAAGGGUGCACAGCUGCUACUCGCUCUGCCAGGCCUGGACGCAUUCGUCAACGAUGUGGCAAGCAAGCACAACCUGCUCAUCCGGCUCAUCCCGCUUUUGGGAUCAUCGCAUCCCUUGCAACCCCAUCACAUGCGCAUUCUUCAUGAUGCAGCUUUGCAAGACCAGACACAGCAGACGGUGGAGGCAGAUGCAGCCAUUCUCCAGGCUAUGCUGCGAACUGUCGGUGACGAGUUCUAUGCCGGUCCCUUUCACCUGAGUGGGGUGCAUGUGGCUUGUCUGGCCUUGUUGGAUGUGCAGCGAAACAUCCUUGUCAGAGUGGCCGAUUGGCCUGCUGGAGCUGUCUGUGAUGGUGUGGUCAACACUGACCUGGAUCAAACCUCACUACGAUUUAUCGCCGUGCUACUUUAUAACUCCCAGAGCUUGUUGUCCCUGCCUCGCCACCAGCCGACUGGACAUGCUGUGCUGUCCGCCAUGAGCUUGAAAGCCCAGGGGUGCUAUGUUGUUCCGCUGAUGCGUAAGCAAGGCAGUGAUGGAGCGAAGGAUGCGGAAAGCUCAGCACUGUGCGUCAUCCCCGACCUAUGUCUGAACUACCCUCCUGAUCACGUCCAGCCAUUUGCUGGCUGGAAGAGCGGUGUUGCACUUGAUACGUAGACACUGAGUGCAUGGAAGUAUUCUAAGAUCGUGGCUGUGAGUAUGCACGGUUCAAGACCUGGACAGACUAGCAGAGUGUGCACAACAGGUUGUGUGCAUAGACUUGUUUAGAGUACGGAACUUUGUGAGUAGUGUAGAGUGGUGUUGUGGAGUGGCGCACCUUCUGCCCCUCCACCAGCUAGGAUAUACAUGUAUGGUAGAACUAGAUUGGCCGUGGUGUACUGGAUGCAUUAAAUUAUGUAUGAGGAUACAGGGAUGUUUGUUUCCUACUCUCCUGUAUACGGUACCUGCUUCUUGUACAAUGUAGCUUACUUGACGUGCCUGCAGUGUAGUUAGUGUAUUGCAUCAUUUUGUAGAACUAUUGUUGUACUUCAAAGUGCAAUUGUUGUACAUACUUCGAAGUAUAUAUUCAGUCCUUCCAAUUUUCACACAAUCCACACAAUGCAGUGGUUAGAUCGUCUGCUGUUUUUAAUGCUAAUAUGUGUACUCUGCUUGCUUUUGGAGUUGAUGGCUACUUGCUGGACAAGGCACCAACUGCCAUGUGUUGGUUUGUUCUAUAAUGUAGCUGCUGUUAUUGUUAUAUGGGAUAGGCUCCACAAGACAGGGAUUUACUGCUCUUUUGCUGAUGUUUUCUAUGGGUUUGUCUACUUGGCAUGUUUUAGCAUUUUCUUCUUCUUUUUCUCAGCUGUGGGUGUAUGCGUACAGAGUUCCAUCGAUGGCUUCCCACUGGCCCACUGUA